AUCGUCAAGUCCUCCAAGGCGAGAGGUUCUUAGAAGAUUCCAGAGGAGCCAAGAAUCUAGCUCAUUAUUAGGACUUCUGUGCCUCAACAUUAAGACAUCAACAUGACAACUACUGGGAUGUUCCUUGUGGCUCUGGCACUGUGUUUUCAGACUGGCGGCUCAAUACUUUGUUACUUCUGCCCGGAUCAAACGCUCAGCUCAGAGUGUACCGACCAAAAGAAAUGCACUGACCCCGAUAGUGUGUGCAAGACGACUGUGCUGAGCCCAGAUGUAGGUUUCCCAUUCCAAGGGAACGAGAUUGUGAUCCGUGGCUGCUCCACACGUACCACCUGUAUACCCAGUGAUCAAGAUGAACUUGGAAACUCACACUUUGUAUUGUGCUGCAACAUUGACCUUUGUAAUAACAGAGGACUCAACCAGGGCUGUGGAGUCGGAGUUGGAGUCGAGGAGUCGGAGUAAAUUUUGGGUACCCGGAGUCGG